AUGGAUCAGCGAGCACUGAAAAGCCUAAAAGCAAACAAGGACAUAAUUAUUCUGCCAGCUGACAAAGGACGUUCGACAGUUGUGCUGGACAAAUCGGAUUACCAGAACAGGGUAGAGGACUUACUGGAAGACCAGCAUUCACACAAACAAUGCCGUGCCAUUGAAAUGAAUAAUCUAAUCACUCGGAUAAACAAAAGCCUAAGAAAUCUCAGGGCCAAGGAGGCGAUUACACCCAACGAAUGGUUCUCCAUGAAAUCCACUGACACCGCCACGGCUCGUUUCUACGGUCUACCGAAGGUACACAAGGCAAAUGUCCUACUCAGGUCAAUCGUAUCCCCUCUUGGCACUGCGACGUACAGUUUAACAAAAUGGAUGUUCGGUCGUCUUAAGUUUUUGGCCGAAGGCUCACCAACAAGAGUAGCAUCUGCGCAUCAAGUCCUCGAACGCAUAAAACAUCUGGAGUUAGAGCCAGACGAGUCCAUGGUAUCCUUUGAUGUCGUUUCGCUCUUCACUUCCAUUCCACAGCAACUAGCGAUGGACGUCGUGGACCAACUACUGGCAGAGCGUUAUGAGGAGAGAGACAAACCCCUGAAGUCUGAGCAUCUGCUCGAGCUUCUGAGAUAA